UAUUGUAGUGUAUGUAAAAAAUGAGGUUAUGUUGAUUGACAGAUGUCAUUCUUUUCCCCGCCUUUUUGUUACUUGUUCACUUGAUGGCUACCAAGCCUACACAAUAAACUUAUUACCAAAUAAGUGUGGUUUCAAUCAUAAUAGUGGCGACGACUAGGAAAAAUGGACCGCAAAGCUGUGAAAUUCCGUGAAUUCAAUCCACAAACAGACAAUUGGGACAAUUACAUUGAUAGGUUGAACUUUUGUUUUGAGGCGAAUGGCAUCCUCAUGGACCAAAUUAAACGAGCAAAUUUCUUUACAAUAUGUGGUGCGCAAGUAUUUGAGACUGUGUUAGCUCUGAUUACUCCAAAAAAGUGCAGUGAAGUGACUUAUGAAGACAUAGUGCAAAUUCUAACCAAACAUUAUAGUCCUAAACCAAACGAAAUAUCGACAUCGUUUAAGUUCUACAAUCGCAAUCAAAAAUCUGGUGAAUCGGCAUCCGAUUUCAUAGCGCAAUUGAGGACAAUUAGUGUUGGAUGUAAAUUUACAGACUUGGAACGUAUGUUACGUGAUCGACUUGUUUGCGGCAUGAACAACAAACAGUUACAAUAUGAAUUGUUAAAGCGCGAUACGUUAACCUACAAGGACGUAGUGGAUGCAAUGUUGACAUCUGAAAGUGCGGGAAGGGAUGUGCGUAUAAUCCAAGGGGAUGCAGCGUCCGGGCCGCCGCCGGCGGAACCAAUGGACAUCAACGCCGUACAACAGCGGGCACCUGGCCCCGCCACAACAUCCAACGUGCGACUUUGCUACCGGUGUGGGGAUCGCCAUGCAGGAACGUGUCGAUUCAUAAAUGCGAUAUGUCGAUACUGCAAGAAAAAAGGACAUAUUGAGAAGGCAUGCAUUAGCAAAAAGAAGAGUUUGAAACCAGAUAUACACUUCACUGAAAAGGAAGAGGAGGAACAACUCAACGGGAUCUAUGUGAUGAAGGGUGAUGAUCGAGUACCACCUUAUGAAGUACAAGUACAAAUAGACAAAGUUACAACAAGAAUGCAAGUGGAUACUGGUGCCAGUUUCUCACUCAUCAAUGAGAGGACUUGGCAGGCAGUGUGCUCUCGUCAACCCAUGGCAUUGCAGCCCACUUCACUCAGGCUACGCACAUGGACUGAAGCACCUGUCAUAUUAUUGGGCCGUAUCUCACUACCAGUUACAUACAAAAAUCGAACACGACAACUUACUGUAAUUGUUGCUAAAGGUGAUGGACCAAACCUUUUAGGAAGAAACUGGUUAGAGCCAUUGGAAAUUUCUCUGAAAAUUAACUUCAUUUCCAAUAAUCAAAGCUCUUAUCUGGAAAAGAUAGUGACUAAACACAAUGAAGUAUUUAAAGAAGGGCUUGGUACUUACCGUGGGAAACCUGUCACAGUCCAUUUGAAGCCAGAAGCGAGACCAAAAUUUCUCAAAGCAAGACCAGUGCCAUUUGCAAUCAAAGACCGAGUGGAGAAAGAAAUUGAUAGACUUGUAGAAGAAGGAGUGUUGCGGUCAGAAUCAUACUCUGAUUGGGCAACACCAGUGGUACCAAUUGUAAAGAAAAAUGGUGAAAUCCGACUCUGCGGCGAUUAUCGUAGUACAGUGAACUUGGCUACUGAGCCAGACACAUAUCCAAUGCCGACAGCUAGUGAGGUAUUUGCGACAGUAGCUGGUGCUAAAUAUUUCACGACCCUUGACCUGGACAGAGCGUACACGCAAGUGAUCGUAGAUAAUGACACAGCUAAACUACUUACCUUGAAUACUUGCAAGGGUUUAUUCUCGGUGCAUCGAUUGGCAUUUGGUGUGAAAGCUUGUCCAGGUAUAUUCCAACGCUUGAUGACAUCAUUGUUGGGAGGAAUCGCAGGCGUGGCUGUACUAAUUGACGACAUAAUAAUUGGUGGUACAACAAUUGAAGAGAUGUUCAAUCGGUUAGAUGCAGUGCUCGAACGCAUAAAGAAUGCAGGACUUCGUUUGAAUAAAAGCAAAUGCAAAUUUGCACAAACACGUGUUGAAUUCCUGGGAUUCAUCAUAGAUGCAGAAGGUAUACACCCGGCAAGAAGCAAAGUGGAAUGCAUUUGGAACACACCCGCACCUCAGAAUGUCCAGCAGCUUCAAGCAUUUCUAGGUCUGUACAACUUCGAUGAGAGGUUCAUUCCUCAGAAAGCAGCAUUGUUGGAACCACUACACAGACUUUUGGACAUUAUAUUUCUAUUACUAGAUUACAGAUUGUUUUGCCUGUCCAGUCUAUUUGGGAUUGUGACUUAA